CGAUAAUCGCUAGCGGUUGGGUUUGAUUCUCGUGCUGUUUGGUAUUCGUUUUCGAACCCUAAUUUUCAUUGGAAGAGAUUUCGAAGCUUUUCGAAACCAUGGCGUCUCGAAGGCGGAUGCUUCUGAAAGUCAUCAUCCUCGGAGACAGCGGGGUUGGGAAGACAUCUUUGAUGAAUCAAUUUGUGAAUCGUAAGUUCAGUAAUCAGUACAAGGCAACCAUUGGAGCGGAUUUCCUGACAAAAGAAGUUCAGUUUGAAGAUAGGUUGUUCACAUUGCAGAUAUGGGAUACUGCUGGGCAGGAGAGGUUCCAAAGCCUUGGUGUUGCUUUUUACCGUGGUGCAGACUGCUGCGUUCUUGUCUAUGACGUGAAUGUCAUGAAAUCAUUUGAGGACCUCAACAAUUGGCGAGAAGAAUUUCUGAUUCAGGCAAGUCCAUCAGACCCUGAGAACUUUCCAUUUGUAGUGUUGGGUAACAAGAUAGAUGUUGACGGUGGCAACAGCCGGGUGGUAUCUGAGAAGAAGGCAAAGGCAUGGUGUGCCUCCAAGGGGAACAUUCCCUAUUUUGAGACUUCUGCAAAGGAGGGCAUUAAUGUGGAAGCUGCUUUUGAGUGUAUAGCCAAAAAUGCUCUAAAGAAUGAACCUGAAGAAGAAAUAUAUCUUCCUGACACCAUUGAUGUGGCUAGUGGAGGUCGGCAACAACGAUCUACUGGCUGUGAAUGUUAGGGUGUUUGUAGGGAUAUUUGGAUUUGUAUUGGGAUGUGUAAAGGCCACUUCAUUUCAUCAUUCAUAAUGCAGUAAUAAUUCAGGGAAGAUUGUUAGGGGUUCCAUUGUAUAGUAGGGGUGGUCAUAGAAAUGAUGAUGUGUCCAUGGUGUCUCUGUUUCUCCCUUCAAGACUGUCACUUUCCAACUGCAAUUUCUGUAGGUUAUUGAAACAUAUAUGCCAAUAUUCACUGGUC